GAAGCUAUUUAUAAUUUUUAAUGAUCUUUUUGCUAUAAACGUUGAAUAAACAGUAGUGCGUUAUGCUAGUCGGGCUCCGUGGAGUAUCGCCAGCCUCCGAUACCAUGUCUGAAGGCACCUUGGAGAGAAAUCGGGCUGAAAAAGCGCUAAUAACGAAAACGCCUACCCAUAGUCAGUUGUUCCCUAAGAAUUCUGGAGUCAAGAAUUAUUCCGAUAAGAAUGGAAAUGAUGUGACGAAAGCUGUGCAUAAAGGGAGAAAGACAUUCGCUUUUUGGACGCUCGUUUGUCUACUAUUUAUCCUUGCUAUAGGAAAUUUAAUUCUUACUUUUACCAUUUUAGCUGUGUUGAGACUUGGACAAGGAAUGGAGAGCAUGGAGUUCCUGCCGGAACAUAAUGCUAUCAAGUUCUUUGGAGACACAGACUUUGAGCACUUGUACAAGAAGGACGGACUCAUUGAGAGCUUCCGAGACACACCAAUGAGUAUCUCCAGUGAGAAUGGAUCUGUUAUGUUUAAUUUGCAAGUCAAACCAUCUCGCUACGAGAACAAGCUGACAGUGAACACAUCCGGAGUGUUUGUACGUGGAGUCAACGCUCUGGAGCUGAUAGACCCUGACUCCGGAGAAGUGGUGUUCAGUACUGCAGCCGCAGACAUGAAUAUACCCGAUGGAGUUAAUAACUUGCAUGCUAAGCAAAUAUCAGUGAAACGCAUAACAUCACCGGUCGACGAGGACCUGACCCUUCGCUCCGAAACGUCCGCCCACCUUCGAGGGGCUGAAGGAACUCACAUGGAAUCUAAAGAAUUAUUCUGGAGUGCCGACCAAGAUAUUUACCUUAAAUCUAUUAACGGUUCUAUAGUAUUGAGCGGUAAGGAAGGUGUUUUUAUAGAUGUUAGAUACCUUCCUAUAGCGGCUACUGUUAAUAGGACAGAUAAGUAUAGUCAAGGUACGGGACAAUUUAAAGUGUGUGUAUGUAUGCCACAAGGUAAAUUGUUCAGAAUAGCAGUACCUACGGGGCAGAAAGUUACCUGUUCGCAUAUUAAUAUGACAGGCGAUUUGAAUCCUUGUGCCUAAGUUUUAAAGUAGGUUUUUAACUGUAGUUCAAUUAGGAGAAUUUGAUGUUUUUAUACUAGUACGUUGAAAUGAAGGCCUAUGAUUGCUUUUUUAUCAAUUUUUACUAAUUUACUUGGUAGUUUUUUUGUGAAUAUGAGCUAAAUUAUGUUCGAUGGACACUAUAGCGAAAACCGGUUCCGUUUUCAUUUUCUAGUCAUCCAUAAGAUUUUUUUUAAAUCGUAGCAAUAAUAUUAUGAAAUAUCUGAUAGAUGUUGAAGGACGAUGUGGCUAUAAAGGAUUUAUGAUUGUGAAAAAACUGGCAAAAUAUUUUUUUUGGAAUUUGACUGCACAGUAUCCAAGUUUAUUGUACGAUGAGUUACACCAUUUCACUAUGGUGUCAAAUCGCCAAUUUGACCUUGACCUACAUUUCACAGUUGUUUUUUUUUAAAUAAGUGAAUAAUUAUCGUUAUCGUUAAAUAUAGCUAAAUGG